AAACGUAGGAACCGAUCAUCAAAUCAACAGUGGCAUCAUGUUUUACGCACACAUUGUGCUGGCCAAGAAGGGCCCGCUGGCCCGUAUCUGGUUGGCAGCGCAUUGGGACAAAAAGAUCACGAAGGCGCACGUUUUCGAAACAAACAUCGAACAGAGCGUGGACGGUAUCAUGCAGCCGAAGGUGAAGUUGGCGCUACGUACUUCCGGCCAUCUGCUGCUGGGAGUGGUGCGGAUCUAUGCUCGCAAAGCGAAAUAUCUGCUGGCGGAUUGUAAUGAAGCGUUCGUUAAAAUUAAGAUGGCGUUUCGUCCAGGCAUGGUGGAUCUACCGGAAGAGCAUCGAGAAGCUGCGGUGAAUGCGAUUACGCUUCCGGAAGUGUUUCAUGAUUUCGAUACGCCCCUGCCGGAGUUGAAUGAUGUCGACAUCGAAGCACAUUUUUCGAUAAAUCAAUCCCGCGCAGAUGAGAUUACGAUGCGCGAAGAUUAUGGCACGCUUCCACUGAACUUGCACGAUGACGGGUUUGGCGAUAUGGGCUUCGAUGAUACGCCCGACAUGGUUCGCGAUCGUAUGGACGAUCAGAUGGAGGACGACCUGUUCACCGAUACCGUCGCCCGCCCGCCAGAUUUAGAGCAAGAUAAGGAACCAUUACCGGGAACUUCUCGAUCUCUGCUUGAUUCGAUCGACCCGCACCAUCCGCACGGAGAUGAUGACAAUUUUGGCGAUGAAGAUUUCGGUGGUCAACCGGCUGCGGGUUUGUUCGAAGGAGAUAUAUUUGCUGAUGCACCACUCGCUCCGGAACCGGAACUUCCUACCGCCGUUACACAGCGACGAGAUGAUUCGGAUGAUGACGAUGAUGAUCACUUCGACAUGGGCGGUGCACCUUCGCCAGCACCGAGUACAGACAAUUCUCGACCACCUUCGCCCAUAACCAGCAAUGCAUUGAUGGACGGUGAACCGCAGCCUGGUACGAGCAAGGAUGGAGCCGCUGCGGGUUCACAAAACCAACAUCUGCAUCCCGAAACCGGCCUUCCGAUCGCUCGUGAUGACGGUGAUGAAGGUAUCGGUAAUCAUGGGCAUCCCGAUCAGACGGCACUCUUAAAUAACGAGGAAGAAAGCUUUGCUUUGGCACCGGUCGAUGCAACCGCUCUGAAAGGAACGACCAAAUCGAAACGGAAACGAAAGCUUAUCGUGGACGAAGUGAAGAACAUAUCGGGCGAAGAAAUGAAAAGCCAGCUCGCCAACACGUCCGACAUAGUGACGACGUUGGACUUGGCACCACCCACAAAGCGAUUAAUGUACUGGAAAGAGACUGGGGGUGUCGAGAAGCUGUUCGCUCUUCCUUCACGGGACAUCCCAGCGCGAUGUUUGUUUAAAAAUUACCAGCGUCAUCUUACCUCGCGAUCGAUCGGUAUCGAAGACUUUGCGGUACUGGCACCGUUGGACGUGCUUGGUGUCGAAUUGCCGGUGGAACGUGCAGAAUCUCCAACCCAGAUUGUAGCGUCGAAGCGAGGUAGAAAGAGAAAACAACAGCCAGAAGCACCAGCAACACCGGGCUAUUUGGAGCAGUCGGCGAAUGAUCAGAUGCGAACCGUUGCUGGCGAGAUGGCUCCUCCGACACCGGCUUCGAUAGAAAUGCGUGACGAUGGGCUAACGGCGGACGCUACGCAAUCAUCCUCGUUCAUGCCACCUCCUCCGACCCCGGGACUGAGCCAUCUGACGAGUCCGAGCCACCAGAGCCAUCUGCUGCCACCUACCCCGGGAAUGCCGAACAUUCCGAUGACACCGGGACAGCUUGAUCACGGAGGUCUGACACCAGCUGGGCUGGGUCAUGGUGGUGAGCUAACGCCGGUGGGACUUUCGCACGGAGGCCUUACUCCGAGUGAUCUCCAUCAUGGUGGACUAACGCCGGCUGGAUUACAGCACGGUGAUCUCGGGGGAGGCAUGACACCACACGGGUUGGAUCAUGGCGGUAUGACUCCGCACCAUGCAUCGUUGGAAAAUAUUGACCAAAUUCCUAACCUACCCGCCGACCAAGUGUCCUCUAUACUGAACGAACCGGGAAUGGAAGGAUUUUCAAACAUGGGAUUCGAUGGAAACACCUCGGAAGAGAUAGCGAACGAUUGGAACGGAGACUAUGAGUUCCCCCCUUCGGUUGGUGCGACGCAUCCCAAUGAAGAGCAGCAAGUAGACGAAACAAUAGAGCAGUUUGAGGAGCGUGUACUGAACAAACGGGCGGCACAAAUGUUCCUCUCCGUAAAGUCACGAUUACUGAAAGCGGAUCAAAUGAUGCUGUCCGAGAUGACGCAUCGAAACAAUAAGAAGCAGGCUGCUCAAAAGUUCUACUCGCUUCUGGUGCUGAAAAAGUUCAAAGCAUUGGAAAUCUCACAGAAACAACCGUACGACGACAUCAUCGUCACCAGGGGCCCGAUGUUCGAUAAUCCGAAGCUGUAAGCUGUGGACGGGUUGCACAAUCUCGGCGUUGUUAAUCCGGGAGAGACAUUGUUGUAAAGUAAAAUUUUAUACAGUGUGCAAAUGAUAGGAAUGCGAAUGAGUCCAGC